AGAUUUUUUAAUGAUCGCCAUUCUAACUGGCGGAGAAGGCCUGGAAGUUAUUGCCAGACCAACUCAGAAUUACAAAGUUUUCCGGAGCUUAUAUACCUUCUAAGCUAUAUGUCUACGUUGACCGAGUCUCCCUGGAUCACUCAGUCUGGAGUACAGUGGCGUGAUCAUAGCUCACUGCAGCCUCCAGCUCUUGGUCUCAGGCUAUCUUCCAACCUCCGCCUCCUGACAUUUCCAAGUCUGUUCUGUGAGACACUAGGGCCAGGACAAAGCAACAACAAAAUGUGCUCUACUCUAAGGAAGUGUGGGACAUACAGAACUGAAGGAUGCCAUGACCAUGGUAGCACUUUUCAAGGAAGAAAGAAAGGUGGGAGUUCUUUCCAGGAUAAUUUUGACAAGAGGAACCCUCGUUACGAACACGGUGGGCAUGAGCUUCCGCCUUCAGAGCGCCAGGAGAAUGAUGGAAGCCUGGAGAUGGGGGAUGUCCACAAGGACCGCCAACUAAGACACACUCCUUAUAGUAUCGAACGCAACAGGAAGCUAGUGAAAUGGCAUAGUGAAGACCAAAUCCAUACUACCACGUGGAGAAACAGAAAACGUCCAGAGAGAAAAAUGAUGGAGGACACGCAAGAUGGAAAAACGAGGGCCUGGUUCAAGGUCACAAUUCCUUACGGGGGAAAGUAUGACAAGGCAUGGCUAAUGAAUUCAAUCCAGAGCCAUUGCAGUGUCCCCUUCACUCCACUUGAUUUCCACUACUUCCAAAAUCGGGCACACUUCUUUGUGCAAGGUGCUAGUACUGCCUCUGCAUUGAAGGAUGUCAACUAUACGAUUUGUGAUGACCACAACCGGAAGAUAUGUAUAUUUGUCAAUCAUUCUACUGCGCCCUUCUCUGUGAAGAAUAAGUUGAAGCCAAGCCACAUGGAGUUGCUAAAGCUGACCAUGGACAAACGAUAUGAUGUCUCCCAGCAAGCUCUUGAUCUCCAGAGUCUCUGCUUUGACCCAGACUUGACGGGCCGUGAUAUUGAUAUAAUCCUGAAUCGAAGAAACUGCAUGGCUGCCACCCUGAAGAUCAUUGAAUCGAAUUUCCCUGAGCUACUGUCUUUGAACUUGUGCAACAACAAACUGUACCAGCUGGAUGGCCUGUCCGACAUUACAGAGAAGGCCCCCAAAGUCAAGAUCCUGAACCUCUCCAAAAAUGAGGUGAGAAGGGGGAGCCAGAUCAACUUUGGUGGGGCUCCCCCACCUCCGCAGGACCAGCAGUAUUCAGAGGCUGGUGCCCUGGACCGAGAAGAGUCCUGUGGCCCUGGGCCUCAUGCUGAGACAGGCCUUCCUGCCUCCAUGCCAGAGACGGGUAGCCUUCCUCGGUCAAGGUGUCAGCACAUUGGGGCGCAGGCUCCAGGGACCAUCAGAAGAGAAUGCAGUGGCCGCGAGAGGGGGUCCCCAGAGUCUGAACCCCAUGCUGAGCUGGGGCCUGACCCUUCACUCCUCCUGGGAGAAGGUCUCCUGUCCCCGUGGCUGCUCUGUUUCCCAUGCCCAGCUCAGACUGAGCUCACACAGGUGAGAAAGGCUCCAGCUGCAUCCAGCGGGCCCCGGCCCAACAGUGCCAUCCAGGAUUGUUUCCCCAAGUUGUUACGCCUGGACGGCCGAGAGUUAUCCUCAACAACGACUGUUGACAUUGACAGCUCUGAGUUAAUGAAACCCUGCGAGGAAAGCUGUAAUGGAUCUGAGACCCUAAAGCAUAUAGUCCUGCGGUUCCUGCAGCAGUAUUACUCGAUCUAUGACUCUGGAGAUAGACGGGGCCUCCUUGGUGCUUACCAUGAGGAGGCCUGCUUCUCCGUGACUAUUCCCUUCAACCCCGAGGACUCAGCCCCGAAGAGCUUGAGCCAGUACUUUGAGGAUAGCAGGAAUAUAAAAACACUCAAGGACCCCUACCUGAGGGAGGAACUGCUGAAACACACAAAACGUGACAUUGUGGACUUCCUCAGUGCAUUGCCCAAGACUCAGCAUGACCUCAGCUCCAUCCUGGUGGACAUGUGGUACCAGACGAAAUGGAUGCUCUGCUUUUCUGUCAACGGGGUGUUCAAGGAAGUGGAAGGACAGUCUCAGGGUUCUGUUCUCGCCUUCACCCGGACCUUCAUUGCUACCCCUGGUAGCAAUUCCAGUCUGUGCAUCGUGAAUGACGAGCUGUUUGUGAGGGACGCCAGCCCCCAAGAGACUCAGAGUGCCUUCUCCAUCCCAGUGUCCACACCCUCCUCCAGCUCUGAGCCCUCCCUCUCCCGGGAGCAGCAGGAAAUGGUGCAGGCUUUCUCUGCCCAGUCUGGGAUGAAGCUGGAAUGGUCUCAGAAGUGCCUUCAGGACAAUGAGUGGAACUACACCAGAGCUGGUCAGGUCUUCACUAUGCUCCAGACCCAGGGCAAGAUCCCAGCGGAGGCCUUCAAGCAGAUCCCCUGAAAGGAGCCCUUCCAUGUCUUCUUUGUCUUCGUUCACAUCCUCUUUGUUUCCUCUAUUCACCAGCCUAAGGCCAUGGCCAGGAGCGGCGUUGGAGGCCUGGCCGAUCAGGAAGCCAAAGUUAACUGGCAGACUGCAUGCCAUAACCACCCGAAGAGCCACUUGCUCUGUGUAUUUGCCCCACUCAUUAUCGCUGUUUAUUUUCAUAAUAAAGAGUGAUGUUGCACGUUG